AUGGUAUCAAAUAAAUCUGAUUUUCAAUCGUCACCACCACCACCGUCAUCAUCUUCUUCUUCUAAUGGUUCUACCAUAAAAAAAUCUAGUGUUAAAAAUGGAAAUUCUAUAAUUCAUUUUGAUAGCAUUGAAGAGGCAUUAAAAGAUUUUGCUGAAGGAAAAUUUGUUUUAGUUGUUGAUAAUGAAGAACGUGAAAAUGAAGGUGAUUUAAUAAUCGCAGCUGAAAAAGUAACAGCUGAAAAAAUGGCAUUUAUGAUUAAAUAUACAAGUGGAUUAAUAUGUGUACCAACUUCACCUGAAAGAUUAGAUCAACUUGAAAUACCAUUGAUGGUACCCAAUAAUAAUACUGAAAAAUUAAAAACCGCAUAUACAAUAUCUGUUGACUAUAAACAUAAUACUACAACAGGUAUAUCAGCACAUGAUAGAGCUUUAACUGCUAGAUGUUUGGCAAAUCCUGUUAUAACAAAUCCUAAUGAUUUUAAUAGACCUGGUCAUAUAUUUCCAUUAAGAUAUACUCCAGGAGGUGUUUUAAAAAGGAUAGGACACACUGAAGCAUCAAUUGAUUUAUGUAAAUUGGCCAGAUUACAGCCUGUUGGUGUUAUUUGUGAAUUAGUUAAAGAUGAUGGAUCAAUGGCACGUCGUGAUGAUUGUCGUUUAUUUGCUGAUGAGCAUGACUUGAAAUUGAUUACGAUUGAUGAUCUGAUUAAAUAUCUCAUUUCAAAUACAGUAAUUGAUGACAAUGAUGAAGGUUUGACUAAAACAGAAUUGAAGGCACAGAUAGGAAAGACGUGGGGUCGAGAUAAAGGAUUACUUUAUGCAUUUUUACCAGCCAAAAUUGGUUAUGGACAACAAACACCAGCAGGACAUAUUCUACCAUAUAAAGUUUUUCCUUACAUUCUUUGCUUACAUCAAAGCAUAUCACAUCCAGAAGAUCGUAAAUUUUCUGGCAGUUUUAUCUAUGAUCUAUUGAUGGGUAUUGAGAUGAAUCUAAGAUUUGGAAAAUAUUGGGAUUUCAAACUGUUUCAUAAUGGAAAGGCUGGAAUAAUUGCUUGGACCCUAAUAAAUCUCUCAUUUCCUGCCGCUCAAUAUAACAAAAUUGGGUAUGUAACAAAUUCAAUGAUUUUAUUGAAUUUUUUGCACUUGGUUUAUGUUUUGGAUUUCUUUUAUAAUGAAGAUUGGUAUCUUGGAACAAUUGUUAGAAAUCCAGUAGAUUUGCCUUGGGUGAAUUUCUUUGUUAUUCUAUCAACUGGAUUGACAGGAUAUUAUAUUUUUAGAGCAGUCAAUCAUCAAAAAGAUAUUGUAAGAAAAACCAAUGGUAAUUGUAAGGUUUGGGGAAAACCAGCCAAAGUUAUCAAAACACAAUAUUUAACAAGUGAUGGAAAAAUCCAUUCAAGUCUUUUACUUGUUAGUGGAUACUGGUGCAAGUAUUAA